AAUCACUGGGUUUCCAACGUGGAAGUGCAGAAGAAGCAGAGAGAAAGAGAGGAAGAAGAGAGGAAGAGAAAGGGGAAACACAAAGGAAAAGCGGAAGAUCGAUCGAGAUCUCUCUUGCCUUGGUCACAGUUGAAGAAAUUGAAGAGGAGAACGAGAGAAACUCAAGGGUAUCACAAGUUUCAGGGUUUCAGCACAUCUAAACUUUUUUCCGUGGAGGUUGAAAAAGAUCGAAGUGGUUUCUAGUUGCUUCGGUUAUUCCUCUGGGUGGUGGAGUCUGUGUGUUUAAAAAAAGUAUUGACAAUUCAAGAUGCCAAAGGAGAGAAGGGAUAGGUCUUUGUCGCAUGAAAGUAGCAGAGCAUCACCUUACCCGAGCAGCUCUAGUUGUGUUGGAAGGUCUGCUCUUAGAGAGUCAGAGGAAAACGUUAAAGAAUGGGAAGAUGCUAGGUGUCCAGUGUGCAUGGAACACCCUCACAAUGCUGUUCUCCUCAUAUGUUCAUCCCAUGAGAAAGGUUGUCGUCCUUACAUGUGUAACACUAGCUAUCGCCACUCAAACUGUCUUGAUCAGUUCCGCAAGUCAUUUGCUGACACCACAUCAACCAUUGCUCAAGUAGAAAAUCAAAUUUCUAACGCCGUCGAUAGUAUAAUUGAUGUGCCAGAAGACAGAAAUGAGGAGGGGACUGUCCAAAGUGCAAUUAAUGUACCGGAAGACAUAAGUGAGGUGACUGUCCAAAGUAGAAUUGAUGUGCCAGAAGACAGAAGUGAGGGUUUGGUUACAAUGCAAGCCUUAUCCUGUGACAAUGAGGCAAAGUCCAAGUUAGUAUGCCCUCUAUGUAGAGGGCAAAUAAAAGAGUGGAAAGUAGUGGAGGCGGCUCGACAUUUUAUGAAUGAAAAAUCAAGGAGUUGUUCUUGUGAGACUUGCAACUUCAGUGGCACAUACCCAGAUCUUAGAAAGCAUGCAAGACUUGAACAUCCUCUAGAGCGCCCAUCUGCAGUAGACCCAGAACGUCAGCGUAACUGGAGGAGGUUAGAGCGCCAAAGGGAUCUAGGCGACCUCCUUAGCACACUUCAAACUUCAUUUGGGGUUGAUGAUCCCAUAGAUGAUGGUGGUCUGCUAGCUGUGUUUUUCCUCAUUCUUCAACCUGCUUCUGUGUCCAGGGGCACCACACUCCAGAUGCGAAUAAGAAGACCGGCGACACUCUGGGGGGAAAAUUAUGAUGGACAGUCUGGAUCUGAUGAUGCAAACGAAUCUUCAGAUGGAGGCUCUGAUAAUAGACCUCAUCGUGGUCGGGGACAGCGGACUCCUCCGCCGUGACUUGCAAAUCAUUGAUACUGGCUUGCUCUUCUCUCACCCUUUUCUGCCUUUCCAGAUGCUCAUGAAUACACAUCGGAUAUUGAUUGUUUAUCAGUAUAUUUAAUAUUUCUGCCAUACUUCCCAGGGAUUCUGAACGAUCGAGCUUGAAAUAAAAUUUACCGUUGUGCCAGUGCCUCCUUUCUUUAUUAGCUCAUCUUGCUUCUUUCUUCUUUCUUCUUGCUUCUUGCUGCAUGCAAGGCUAAAAAAGAAGAGAAAAACAUAGUGAGGUGUGAAGUGGAACCUGGCUAUUAAGUCUGAGCAGGAACAAGUUUGUUUAGUUCAAUGGCUGGCUUUCUAGAGUGUCAGAAGAUGAUUUCAGUGAGUAUUUUUUUUUUCUAAAUUAUGAAAGAUUUAUGAUGAAUGUUUUUUUAGUAUAAAUUAAAAGAACAAUUGAUAUUAAGAGUCGAA